UCCAAUGCGUGCGCGCGCGUCUUAUAAUAUACGACGUUCGUUUUCAAAACGAGUGUUAUGUGUUUUGUGUGAACCAUUUCAUUAAAAGGAUUAAAAUAACACAGACACGCGUGCAGUCGGCUAACAGAAUGCAAAUGAGCUAAUUUUGAAUUUGGAACAUGGGCAGCGGGCUUAGUAGCGCCAACAGCAAGCGGCGUAAGGAAAGCCAAAAUGCCGAAUCCUCCAGAGUACUAUUCCUUUUAUAUCUCAUACAUAGGACUUGGAAUGUCCUAAUCGAACACGUUGACUCGAAAAGUGCCAGAUGGCGUCGGUCCCAAUCGGUGCCGAGUUCUGGAGAGCUGGGUCGUCAGUUCGACUCCAUAAGCUUCGAGUCCAGCGGUUCCUGCUUCUCAUCUUGCAGUUGCAGUUACUGCCGGCUGAGGGACUGUGCGCAUGAUUGUGUCAGUGAGCUGACACAACUGGAAGGUAUGGCCAACUGUGCGGGAUGGAGCGAAGAACCAAUAUCAAAGGAAAAACAACGACCACCAAUAUACAAUCCAGAAGACUACGCGACAUCUCUCAAGAAAUGGGGUAAGAAGACGAGUGGAGGGAACUUAUACGAUGUGGACCCGGGUCAGGAACCCAACAAGGCGAGAACCCUGCCUAGCCAGGGCAGUAAGGAUUUUAGGAAUCCAUGCUUAGGCGUUGGCGAAGAAAUGAGCCUUCGCCAGUUCUGCUCACCGAGUGAGUUACUCACGAAGCUCAGGGCAGAUCUAAGGCUCUCAUUUCCUAGUUUCGUCCAAGAGUUCGCGAGUGAGCCGCUAGAUGGAGUGACCUUACUUCUCGAACUCCUCCGCAAUGUUCAACUCAGUCAAACGGGGGAUGGGGCAAGGGGACCGCCAGCAGUCAGGCGCAGGCCACUCCUGGAUGAGCUGGCAUGCUUGCAAUGCCUUUGGAGUUGCUGUACCAGGUAUUCAGAAUGCGUGAGGAGAUUGGUGGCCUGCUCCAACGGAGUAUACGCUUUGGCGGUUUGCAUAAUGUCUACUGUCAAUAAGUCUAGGAUUCUUGCAUUACAGCUUCUCACAAAGGCCUGCGAGCCUGCAGCACACGGUCACAGUAUGAUAUCGGAAGCGUUAUCAACACUUCGCCUUCGAUAUGGAGAACCAGUCAGGUUUAGGUUCCUGGUGGGGAUGCUGCAGAGCACCGGUGGAUCUGGAGACCUGCAAGCAGCUGGUUUGGCCUUUAUUAAUUCCCUGCUGACUAGCGCCCCAUCUCCCCAAAGGAAACUCUACAUACAGGCUGAGUUGGAGCAGGCUGGGUUCGAAGUUGUAACUUUGAAAAAGAUUGUCGCCAAACUACCGAACCCCAACGAACACGUAGUGAAGGAAAUAGAAAACUACGAAAGACAAUUGAUAGAUAUUGAUACUCUUAGUGAAAAGGCAACAGAGGCCCAAAAGGAGAAGGACGACCUUAGACACAAAUUGGAUCUUUUGGAGAAACGAGUCAAGAUCCUACAGGAAGAGAAAGGAAUUCUAUUAUCUCUAGAAAAGUGUCUGAAGGAAAAAUGUUGUGAGUUACAAGAAGAAGUGAGCACACUUCGCUCCGAGCACAGUACUUCAAGUAGGAAGAAGACGUUUGUGAUUAAGAAAAAAAACUCCACGCAUAGAAGGAGAGAUGAAUCAUCACCUCCCGAAGAUGAAGGUAUUAGUUCCUCGGAAAGAUCUCUCAGCCCUGAAGGAGAUCCUCAAAGGGAGUCAAUGGUUUACGAAGUAUUCAAUAUUAAAAAUGAAACGUACGAUCUACUACGAAACAAAAGACCGCUCCAUAAGAAACUAGAAAGCACAAAAAAUCACAAAAAGUCAACAGACGAUGAAGAAGAGACAACAAUCGAUGAAGUUAUUCAAGAACUCAGAAAUAUCGUUAAUCACGCAGAAUCCGAACAAUAUUUGAACAGAACAGAUAGCAAAUGCAAAAGCAGUCGUACUUCAGAAACAGACUAUCAAAAAGACAGAAGCGAAGAAAAGGAAGACUCAGUAACAAGCACUAGGCACAGCAUUCACAUAACCAGUAGUAACGAAUUUGAAGACAAUACGAGUAGCAGUGAUGAAAUUGGCAAAAUUGUGCCUAGUAAGAUAUUCCCUCAACCACCGAAUAAAAACAGAAGCCUCAGUCAAUUAUUCCCUCACGUAGAAAAGGGACUAUUGUUUAAUAAAUCGCAGGAUUUCUUCGAUAUGUACUGUUCGAGUGACGAAGGCUCCGAUUCUUUACUCAGCGUUUCACGGUGUCGUAGUCGAGUUAUGAAAAACGAUCCGCUCACAAGCUUCGAUUUUACUAAAUGCCGAGCUAAAUUCAACGAAACCGAUACAGAUGACAAUAAACUAAGAAGAUCAAAGACUAGAGAUGAUUCAAGGAAACCAACAGUUAAACGAAGUGAAUCUUUCCAAUCUGAGAAAGGAUCGCGGCAACGUGAAUACAUUGAGAGUAUGUUUGAAAGUCACUCGUCCCUUAUCGAACCAUCACCACUACAACGGUCCAGUUCUAAAUGCAGUCGCGUCGAUGAAAUCGUGAAUUUAAUAGAAUCUAAAAAGCUAACGAAAAGCUUAGACAGAAUCGACGAAGGACUCAACUCGAUGGUCGAUAUAAUUAUGGUCCCCGAACCGAAAAAGACGACGUGGUCAUAUGAGAAGCGCCAGAGAUCGGUGUCUCGUGCCAACAGCGAAAUAGAAGAACCACCUUUGAUGCCCAGGGCCAGUAGUAGAACACACUCGUACGAUAACAAAGAAGAUAAAUGCGAUAAAUUUUCAACUGCUCGAACGACGGGGUCGUUUGAUACAAAUUUCAAUAAUACGUUUAUGAUGAAGCGCGGGAGUAAUACAGGUUUCUAUUCUGGAACCCCAAUGUUGAGAGAUGCUCCGGCUAGCAUGACCAGUCUGGUGACGAACGGAACACAUAGCUAUAGCGAUAUGAAGAGGACGUUUUCACCAAUCAGUUCCAGUUACGGCCUCAAUAAAGUAACGGAUAUGCCUUCAGGGUUGUACUAAGACAAACCAUCGAUUAAUUUAAGUUUACCUAAUACUAGUGCAAUAUAGCCCACUAGAGACUUCUCUUAUAACUUAAAUCUUAGUAAUUUUGUUAUAGCAAAAUUUACUUAAGAUUAUGUAUUUUUAUAUGUUUUUUUUUACAAUUGUAUGUGGUUCAUCUUCCCAACGAUAUCCUAACGUUAGAAAGCCACUUAGAACUUAUUUAUUAAUACUCAU